AAGAGCAAGAUUUAAGGAACUGAUAGGUGGCCGGGUUUUGUUUGGCUGCUCAGCCGCGACGCCAAACUCGAGGGGCUCUCGUGCUUUCUCCUCUCGAAGGAUCAGGCAGCGAGGGAUGGCCGCCAGGUGCGGGGGGGCCACGCUGGAAUGUCAGAAGCCCUGAGCUGAGCCCUCCCCAAGGCAGUGCAGUGAGGGGGCAGGGGGCGAGCCGGAGUGCAGCCUAAUCCGUCCUGCCAAGUGCCUCGCUCGCCGCGGCGGAAAGGAGGGGAGCCAUUGCGCAAGGGGCCUGGCGGGCGCUGCUGGGGGAGUGAUGCACAGGGCGCUGCCUGCAGUCCGCAGCCGCCGCCUCCAGCAGCAGCACUAGGAGGUGCCCCGGGAGUAGCAGCUCGCCCCCUCCCCACAAGCCCAUCAGGGCACCCACCCGCCCUCCGCCACCCCGCUCCAGUCUCACCCCACCCCUCCAUUCCCUCCCUCCGCCAGAUGACCACCGAGAGCAGCCAGCAGCAGCUGGAGCCCCCGGCCCCUCUCCGCUCCUGCAGCCCGGCUCCCGGAGCUCUCCAGUCCGCCUUGAUGAGCCAGCCGCCCCCCUCCGCCCUGGAGACCUCCUCCUCCUCUUCCUCCUCCAGCAAGAACAAGAAGGCGAGCUCGGGGCUGCGGCGGCCCGAGAAGCCCCCUUACUCCUACAUCGCCCUCAUCGUGAUGGCCAUCCAGAGCUCGCCCACCAAGCGGCUGACCCUGAGCGAGAUCUACCAGUUCCUGCAGAGUCGCUUCCCCUUCUUCCGCGGCUCCUACCAGGGCUGGAAGAACUCGGUGCGCCACAACCUCUCGCUCAACGAGUGCUUCAUCAAGCUGCCCAAGGGGCUGGGCAGACCCGGCAAAGGCCACUACUGGACCAUCGACCCGGCCAGCGAGUUCAUGUUCGAGGAAGGCUCCUUCCGCCGCCGGCCCCGGGGCUUCCGAAGAAAGUGCCAGGCGCUCAAGCCCAUGUACCGCAUGAUGAACAGCAUCGGCUUCAGCGCCUCCAUCCUGCCUCAGGGCUUUGACUUCCAGGCGCCCUCUGCCUCCCUAGCGUGCCACGCCAACGGCUACAACCUAGACAUGAUGACUAACUCCAUGGCCGGGGGCUACGAGGCGCUGAGCGGGGGGCAUCACGCCCCUCACAUGUCCCCCAACCCGGGCUCUACCUACAUGGCCAGCUGCCCUGUGACUUCCAAUGGGGACUACGGUCCCGACAGCAGCAGCAGCCCCGUGCCAUCUUCACCCGCCCUGGCUAGUGCAAUUGAAUGCCAUUCCCCCUACACGAGCCCGUCAGCUCACUGGACAGCAUCAGGGGCAUCUCCGUAUAUAAAGCAGCAGGCCCUUCCACCCAGUAACCCAGCCUCAGCGGGCAUCCACUCCAGCAUGUCCAGCUACUCUUUGGAGCAAAGCUAUCUGCACCAAAACGCCAGGGAGGACCUGUCAGUGGGAUUGCCUCGCUACCAGCAUCACUCUUCCCCAGUGUGUGACAGGAAAGAUUUUGUUCUCAAUUUUAAUGGCAUUUCUUCUUUUCACCCUUCUGCUAGUGGAUCUUACUAUCAUCACCAUCACCAUCAAAGCGUCUGUCAAGAUAUCAAACCCUGUGUGAUGUGAACUUAGCACUAUCAAAUAAAGACAGUCAGGUGGCUGUUUAACCGAUUUGAGAUAUAGACGGACUCACGCAGAUAAAAUGUAAUGUGCACUCCUGAUAGCAUUGAAUAGUACACAAGUCACUUAGCAAAAUUCCACAAGGCAGCACUGUUUACCAUUUUGUCCCCUGCCACACCUUGAAGGACAGAAAAAGUUGAUGUAAUGCUCCAAAGCUUUUUUGAAAGGUUUUCUUUUGUAUGUGUAUGUGCUUGGGAGGGCGGGGGAAGGGUCUCUUUUAUAGGAAGUCUAUCCAAGUUAAUAAUAAAAUGCAUUUCUGUGAUCUCCAUUGUCCUAAAAAUUAGGGUCUGCAAAAGUGGUCAGUUCAAUCAUUUAAACAAAAAAAUAGAAACAAGUUUCCUUUGACUGGGAAAAAUCUGCCUCAAACCAACACCAGCGAGAAAUUCCAUUUCUAAGUGGUUCGAGCGUUAAAUAAUGUUAAACUUUUUUUCAAAACACUUUCUACGGACGCCAGCACCAAUCAAUAUUAUUAAAAAUAUAUUGUUUAGAAGUUACGUGUAUAGAGUUUAAGAAAGUUCAUUUUUUCCAGUAUUGCAAAAAUACAAUGUUUUGUUUUUAUUUUUACAAAGUUGUUUUCUACCACAGUAUUUUUUAAAAAGAAAUAUUUUAAAUACAUCUUGUGUAUACUCGCACACUUAACUGCUUUAAAAGGAGAAUAUAUUUGCACUUAUGUAUACUUUUUACAGUUUGCCAAAAAUAUUUUGAUGUACAAAUUCUUUUUCAAUAAA